GCAAAAAGUAUGGUGACCGGUUCCCUUCAAAUAAAGGCAACUGUGAAUAGGAAAAGAGCAGAGAGGCAUUAUUCACAUUGAAAGAUAGAAGGAGAAUAGCAGGUAGGGGAAGCUACUGAGGGGAGCAGGCAAGCUAAAACCAGUGACAGAGAGACAUACAGGAGAAGACAGAGAUAGGCCAUGGGUGUAGGGAAUUAAAUAUAUAGGAAAAGCUACAGCAGCAGAGGCCCUGUCAACAGUGUGGAAAAUCUGCCAUGUCCAUGUGGUGAUACAAUUUGAGUUCAGACAUUUCCCCAUAUGUCCACAACUCCACAUAGCUGCUAGGCCCUACCCUGCACUUAAAAUCUUGUAUAAAUACUAAGAGAUUCUUUACUUUCUUGCUAUGAUUUUGAAGUGUUUUGUAUCCUUACAAACCCCCAAAAGCCAUCUGACUAAUGGGGACUUAAAGGGGUAAUCCAAACGUUUCCAAAUUAACUGGUGCCAGAAAGUUAUACAGCAGUGUGCUGCUGUAUUCUCCUGUUCCUGCAGCAUUGAUGGCUGAAGAUGGAUGGCCCGGACCAGCUCACCCUUCCACAACUGGGGAAACAAAAGGCAGACAACAGGCGUGUGCGAAGAAGUGGGACUUCAGGAAACUGCAGCGCGAGCUCCAGUGUGGCUGGGACGUCAGGGAGGAGCUGGAGGAGACCAAAAAGAGCUUGAAAAGGCACUUUGAGGAGGAAUCCAAGCGAAUCGUCUUUCGUUCCAAAGUUGAGAACCUGGAGAAGGGUGAGAAGUGUAACUCUUUCUUUUUCAGGAAGCUCCUUGCUGGCCACACGCCCCUGACUGAGCUACGAGAUGAGACCGGACACAUGAGGAGUGGCAAGGAGGAAGUGAUGGGGGUCAUCUCCGACUUCUACAGCAACCUCUACGCCCCCAAGUCAUCCGACCCCGAAGCCGCCGAGAGGUUCCUGUCAGAGCUCUUCGCUGAGACUAUCCGGCAGAAUGGAGAGAUCAGAGGGAUCACCGCACCAGGACCAGAUCGCUACGAGGUCAAGUGCUCGCUCUACAUGGAUGACGUGACCGUCUUCUGCGCUGACCAGCGUUCGGUGACUGCGCUCGUCCAGACCUGCGAGGACUUCGGCAGAGCUUCGGGGGCAAAAGUCAACUGCGGGAAGUCGGAGGCCAUGCUCUUUGGGGAAUGGCACCUGGCUUCUUCCGCCCCCUUCCCCUUUACAGUUAUGACGGACUUCAUUCAAAUUCUUGGAGUCGGGUUCGGGAAGGAAGGAGCGGCCCUUAAGUCUUGGCAAGACCGACUAGGAAGGAUAAAUUUGAAGAUCGGACUGUGGAGCUCCAGAAAGCUCUUGAUGGAAGGCAAGGCACUUGUCCUGCGGAGUGAAGUUUUGCCUGUGCUCCAAUACACCACACAGGCCUGGCCUCCCCAUACCACCGUUUGCAAGGCCAUCACCCGGACAGUGUUUUGCUUCAUCUGGGGCAAAAUGGACAGAGUCAAGAGGACUGUGAUGUACAAGGAGCCUGCAAGGGUGGGAAGGGUAUACCCGACAUCCCCACUCUGCUGAGGGCCU